UGGCGCCAAGCAGCCUCUGGGCCUGGGGCCACAGUGAGCAGGUCCACCUGAGAGCAGGUCCACCAGUGAGCAGGUCCACCUCUGAGUAGGUCCACCAGUGAGCAGGUCCACCUGAGAACAGGUCCACAUGAAAACAGCAGGGCAGGAAGAUGGGGCACCCACCUGGUCCCCCCAGCGCACCGGCCCCAGCUGGCACCACGGCUCUGCCAGGGCUCACUCCGGACCUCGUUGCCCAGACGCCCUGUGAGUGUGGAACCCGGAGCAGGGCGUGGGGAUGGCAUGGCCAGCUGGUCCCAGGGCGUCCACAGAGGCAUCUCGGUCCCUGGCCCCAGGGCCCCGCUGGGCACUCGUCCUUGUGGCCCUGGCUGCUGGUGUGCUCACUGUGUCCUGCCUGCUGUGGACCUUCUGCUGCCGCUGCCGCCGCCGCCACAAGAAGCACCUCAGGGACAAGGAGGCUGUGGGCCUGGGCAGUGCCCGCAGCAGCACCACCACCCACCUGGUGCAGCCAGAUGUGGAUAAGCGGCCAGGCACCCUGGAGGACCCUCGGCAGUGGGGGCGCCUGCAGCUCUCCCUGGAGUAUGACCUGGGGAGUCAGGAGAUCAGGGUGGGCCUGAAGCAGGCAGCUGACCUGAGGGCCAGGGGCACAGCGGACCCCUACGCCCGCGUCAGCGUCUCCACUCAGGCCAGGCAUGGGCACGAAACCAAGGUGCACCGCGGCACGCUCUGCCCCGUGUUUGAGGAGACCUGCUGCUUCCACGUCCCGCAGGCAGAGCUGCCCCGGGCCACACUGCAGGUGCGGCUGCUGGACUUCAAGCCCUUCUCGGAGCACCAGCCCCUCGGGGAACUCUGUUUGCCGCUGGGGGCCGUGGAUCCGCAGCAUGUGCUGGAGCGUUGGUACCAGCUGGGCCCCCCGGGGCCCGGAGAGCCCGAGCAGACCGGGGAGCUCUGCUUCUCCCUCCAGUAUGUCCCCAGCUCAGGCCGCCUGACCGUGGUGGUGCUGGAGGGCCGAGGCCUGAGUCCAGGGCUGGCAGAGCACUACGUGAAGGUCCAGCUCAUGGUGAACCGGAGGAAAUGGAAGAAGAGAAAGACCUCUGCCAAGAGAGCCACGGCCACCCCCUACUUCAACGAGGCCUUCACCUUCCGGGUGCCCUUCAGCCAGGUCCAGGUGGGCUGGGGGCGCGGAGGCUGGUGGGGAGGACCUUCAGCAGGGCUGAACCGACCAGGCCUUUCUUCCUCUCCCCGUGCUGCCUGUCUGUGUAGAGCGUGGACCUGGUGCUGGCCGUCUGGGUCCGUGGUCUGCAGUUCCGAGCUGAGCCUGUGGGCAAGGUGCUGCUCGGCUCCCGGGCCUCCGGCCAGCCCCUGCAGCACUGGGCAGACAUGCUGGCCCAUGCCCGGCGGCCCGUUGCCUGGUGGCACCGACUAAGGCCUGCCAGGGAGGUAGAUGGCAUCCUGGCCCUGCAGCCCCGACUGCGCCUGCCAGUGCCCCACUCCUGAAACCAUCAGGAGCCUCCGUUCUCCAGGGCACUCCUGGGAACCCUGUAAUAAACACCU